ACUACGGACCAACAUCGUUUCUUCCUCGUACUGUAGAGAGAGAGAGAGAGAGAGAGAGAGUAAGCAAGACGGAGAGUAUAAGCUUGGAGUUGGACGUUGUCAUUCUUCGGAAUGGAGGAGACGACGGGACACGAACAAGUGAACGAAGAGCAAGGAACAGAAGCUGAAGCUUAAGCUGAGAUUGGACUAACGAAAAGGAAAGGCUUUACCCCCGAAAAAUAAUGCCGCCUCAAUCCCCACCUCCCAAACCCCACAAUUACUACUUCUUCUACGGCCACCGCAAGCCCUCCCAGAACCGUCCCGUCGUCCGCGGUGGCCUCUUCUCCAAUCGCCAAUCCCUCUCCCGGACCCAACCCCAACCCCAGCCCCAGCCCCAGCCGUUUCACCUUGAGAACUGGGACCCUCACUCCCUCCUCCAUGGAUCCCCCCCGUCCGCUUCUCCUCCUUCCCCUCCCCAAAACUUCUUCUCCUCCUCCCUCCGCCUCUCCCCUAUCGCCCGAUUCAUUUCCGACUCCUUCCGCAAGAACCACUUCAGCUGGGGCCCACCCGUCGUCUCCGAGCUCAACAAGCUCCGCCGCGUCACCCCCAGCCUCGUUGCCGAGGUGCUCAAAGUCCAAACCGACCCCACCCUAGCCUCCAAUUUCUUCCAUUGGGCAGGUAAGCAGAAAGGCUUUAAGCAUAAUUUCGCUUCCUACAAUGCUUUUGCCUAUUGUUUAAACCGUAACAAUCGAUUUCGCGCCGCCGAUCAAUUGCCCGAGUUGAUGGAAUCCCAAGGCAAGCCACCUACCGAGAAACAAUUUGAAAUCUUGAUCAGAAUGCACUCGGAUGCCAAUAGGGGUCUUCGGGUUUACUACAUUUAUCAGAAAAUGAAGAAAUUUGGGGUCAAACCUAGAGUUUUUCUGUACAAUAGGAUUAUCGAUGCAUUAGUUAAAACCGAUCAUCUAGAUUUAGCGUUAUCGGUUUAUGAGGACUUCAGGAAUGACGGUUUGGAUGAAGAGAGUGUUACUUUCAUGAUUUUGAUAAAAGGGUUGUGUAGAGCAGGGCGAAUAAACGAAAUGCUGGAAGUUUUGGGGAGAAUGAGGACCAAUUUGUGCAAGCCUGACGUCUUUGCGUACACAGCCAUGGUGAAGGUUUUGGUUUCAGAGGGGAAUUUGGAUGGCUGUUUGACCGUUUGGGAGGAAAUGAGAAGGGACAAGGUGGAGCCUGACGUGAUGGCGUAUGCCACUUUGGUUACAGGAUUGUGCAAAGGUGGGAGGGGGGAGAGAGCUUAUAAGUUUUUCAAGGAGAUGAAGGAGAAGGGCUGUUUGAUUGAUAGAGUGAUAUAUCGGUCUUUGGUUGAGGCAUUUGUGAUGGACGGAAAGAUAGGGUUCGCAUGUGGCUUGUUGAAGGACUUGGUGGAUUCUGGGUAUAGGGCUGAUUUGGAGAUCUAUAAUUCGCUUAUUGAGGGUUUGUGUGGUGUGAAGCACGUUGAUAAGGCUUACAAGCUUUUUCAAGUCACUGUGCAGGAGGGUCUUGAGCCAGACUUUGCGACUGUGAAUCCUAUGUUGGUAUCAUAUGCUGAGAUGAGUAGGAUGGACGACUUUUGCAAGUUGCUCACUCAAAUGCAGAAAUUAAGAUCUUCUGUCAUCGAUGAUCUUUCUAAAUUCUUUAUGUUUAUGGUUGGGAAGGCGGAGAGGACGCUGAUGGCCGUAGAAGUGUUUGAAGACUUGAAAGGAAAAGGUUAUUGUAGCGUUUCAAUCUAUAAUAUUCUUAUGGAGGCUCUUCACAAGAGUGGGGAGGCCAAAAAGGCAUUAUCACUCUUUGAUGAGAUAAAGAAAUCAACCUUUGAACCUGACUCAUCGACCUAUAGUAUUGCAAUUGUGUGCUUUAUUGAGGUUGAUGAUAUUAAAGAGUCAUGUGCAUGUUACAAUAAAAUCACAGAGUUGUCUUCGGUCCCUUCUGUUGCUGCUUAUCGUGCUCUUGCUAAAGGGCUCUGCAAAACUGGAGAAAUUGAUGCAGCUCUGAUGCUUGUUCGUGACUGCUUAGCCAACAUUACAAGUGGUCCUAUGGAGUUUAAGUAUACUCUUACCAUUCUUCAUGCAUGUAAAUCAGGUGAUGCUGAGAUGGUGGUUGAGGUACUGAAUGAAAUGAUGCAACAGAGAUGUCCUCCAGAUGAUGUUAUAUACUCCGCUAUCAUUUCUGGCAUGUGUAAGCAUGGGACUAUAGAAGAGGCAAGGAAAGUUUUCUCGAAUUUGAAAGACCGCAAGCUGUUAACAGAAGCCAAUAUGAUUGUGUAUGAUGAAAUACUAGUUGAACAUAUGAAGAAGAAGGCAGCCGACUUGGUGGUGUGUGGAUUGAAGUUUUUUGGUCUAGAGUCCAAGCUGAAAGCAAAGGGUUGUAGAGUGCUGUCAAGUUGAAAAAUUGCACUCAGUUGCUCUACCGAUUUCCUUCUCUGCAGAAAGUGGCUCAUGGAUUGGGGGUUCUCCAUUGCAGUGUUUAUGACCAGCUUCCGUUUAUCACUUCUCAGAAGCAAAACAAAGUUGAAGAGAACCCUUGUGGUCCUUCUAGAUAAGAACUUAAAAGACGGGAUUUCCACAAUGGCUGCAAAUCCUUGUGACAUGAUUUGUAACAAAAGU